ACAGUGACACCGGGCUCUGUGCUUCCGAGGAACACCGUGCGCCAGCCUCUGAUUCAGUCUCCUCUCACCUGCAGGUGCUCUAGAAACUUCAAAAUGCGACUGGAAGAACUAAAGAGACUACAGAAUCCUUUAGAACAAGUUGACGAUGGAAAAUAUUUGCUUGAGAAUCACCAGCUGGCCAUGGAUGUGGAGAAUAACAUUGAGAACUAUCCCCUCAGCCUACAGCCCUUGGAAUCAAAGGUGAAAAUCAUCCAGCGAGCAUGGCGAGAGUACUUGCAGAGGCAGGACCCCCUGGAGAAGCGGAGCCCAUCCCCACCUUCUGUCUCUUCAGACAAGCUGAGCAGCUCUGUCAGCAUGAACACCUUCUCCGACAGCAGCACACCCGUGAGUGUCUCCCGGCCGCUUGCUUGGACUGUCUUGCACUGAGUAUUGUUAGCCCAGGCUCUGGUUCCCAGAAAAGAUCUUGAGAUGGUUUGUGAUGGGGUGUGUGUGUGUGUGGAGGGGUGCUUAUUUGCUGCAUGGGAGCCCACAGUGAGGCUCUUGGCGUGGUAGAACUAAGACAAGAUUCAUGAUACAAAAAUGAACUCAAUGCGUCCACAGAGUGGGGAUUCUGUGCGACGUUGCUUCUCUAUCCCUGAGGUGGGUGCGCCCCACCCCCCAUUUCUUCUGGUGUGUUUUCUCUGGCAUGUGCUUAUGUGAUGCUUGUCUGGUUGGAAAGUCAUCUUCGUUAUUAGGAUUAGAAAGAGAACUUUUGGCAGGAAAAAUUGAAGUUGAUCACAGACUGAAAUUGCUGAAAUGGAUUGAGUGUGGCUAAAUGGGUUGCACAGACCCCUCCUGAAAGGACUCCUGAUAGGGCUUGGGGGAACCUGCCGCACCUGUACAGGCAGGACAGACGCUGGCAAGUGCAGUUCUCCUGACGUCCAGAGUUUUAAGUGAUGACAACCAUUAAGAAGUUUUGAAAGGGAAACAUAUGGUUUUGCAUACUGAAAUUGGCCACCCGUUUGAGUUCUCCAGAAUGGGGUUAUGGAAUUAACGCAUCUGCUACAAGCCUGUGCUUUGUGUGGUGUGGGGGUGGGGGUGGGUGGGGGCGCUGGUGGGGGAAUCAUCAUUAGGCUCUGUUAAAUCAGCGCGUUUCGCCAUUGCGAUCAUUUAUUUGUAAAUAGUCAUAGAAAUGAUAAAAAGUUAGGAAGAGGUAACCAUGCAAAGUAUAUUAUUAAAAAAUAUUCUUUUUAUAAUUUGCUGUCAUACUUUCUCAGGCAUAUGAUGAGAUAUGGCAAAAGUUACUUUCUUUGAAAUGUGUGCAGAAGUCUGCAUGGCUUGGCAUUAUUGCCUAAUAUUUUAAUGUAGAUGUGAGUUGAUUUGUUGUUGUUGUUAUUGUUGUUGUUGUUGUUAGUUUAGUUAGUUUUUAGAAGAAAGAAAAAGCUAGUUUUAUAGCUGUGAAAGUAAAAAACGGCAGAUCUGUUUAAUCGACCCAACAUUUGGUCAUUUGGAGAAAGGGAUCCCUGUUACUGGCCUCCCGGUCACUAGAGGGCGCUUGUGAACCACAUUGGAAAAUGCUGGGCGGUGCUUGGUUUAUAAG